AUGCAAUGUCAAUUUGCUAUUGCAUUGGCUAAUCCAGAAGCUGGCAGUCGCAAGAUUAAAGUUUUACUCAGAAACAGCUUGAUGCCUAUUCUAACAAUUAGUCCUGUCAAUUGUACACUUGAUGCUGGCAAUAAUUACAGAAUAUCAUAUGAAAAUAUACUGGGAACGUCACAACCUUAUCAUUGGAACGGUGCUCAUGUUCUUGCCACUAGCUUGACCAAUACUCCGUAUGGUCUUGGGUCUACUGAUGAGGUGGCAAAUAGUUCUAGAAAUCUUCCAGGCCACACAGUUCCACAUCCUUGGAUUUUUCCAGAAGGACCGUGGAGGAGGAUACAUGCAGAUUUUGCAGAGUGGAAAGGGAAACAAUAUCUACUGUUGAUUGAUGCCUAUUCCAAAUGGCCAGAAAUUCACGAACUGGGGACACAUGCUACCGCUACACAGACUACCGCUACACAGACUACCGCUACACAGACUACCGCUACACAGACUGUGGAAGACAUGAGAACAUUCAGUUUUCAUGGUAUUCCUCACAAGCUGGUCAUGGAUAACGGACCUCAGUUAGUUGCUGACGAGUUUGAGGAGUUCAUCAGAGUCAAUGGUACUAGACAUCAACGUACACCUCUCUACCAUCCGGCGUCAAACGGUCAAAUGGAGAGAUUGGUGCAGGAACUAAAAAAGAGCUUAAAGACCAAGCCAGUAGGACGAUCUAUUAGUCACCAAGUCUCCUUGUUCUUACUGAAGUACAGGACUACACCUAACUGUACUACCGGAAGGACACCCGCCGAGAUGUUAAUGAAAAGAGAGCUGAGGACAAAGUUGACACUCUUACGUCCUGAUGUGGGAGGAGAAGUGAGAGAUACUCAAUAUGAUCAAUACCAGCAAGCCUCAGUAGUAACACGGAGUUUGAACCCUGGGCAAACAGUUAGUGUUUUGAAUCCUAGGAGAGACGGACGAGGAAAAUGGCUUCAUGGGGUAAUACUUCAAAGAUUGGGACCAGUGAACUAUUUGGUGGAAGUAGAUGGACAACCCAGAUAUGUACAAAUAUAA